AUUUAUUGGUAGGCAAAUCAACCUUCUCACUAGUAUGUCACUUCAUGUAUGUACAUCAUCAAAAGCAGAGGCUCCGUUCCAGUACCAUAAUAAGCCGCAAGGGGGACCAAAUGCAGCCAUUUCGCACAGACCUCCCACCGUGAUACAAAAUAUCAUUAUCAUGAUUAUGGCUGUUCACACACACAGACAGACAGAGAUAGAGACACACGCGCGCGCACACACGCGGCCCCGAAAACAGAAGGCAAUGAUGCAAUUACGAGAUAUUAGUUGUUUUUUUUAACUUUGAAAAAUGUGGGAUAACCAUAGCAGAUUAAACCUGAACAAUAUUGAUGAUCGUACAAAAUGUAUUUAUGGAUAUAAAUGUGGUGUUUUGGGGUGGUCAAACAGCACGAUGUAAUGAGACCUUUACUCAGUUUUAAAGCGAAUACAUCUUUGUGAGUAAACACACGAACUAAAUAUUAUCAGACCAAUCAGCGUAGAGAAUGGGCAAUCAAUAUACAAUGUACCGUAAUACCGUCAACUUAACCUUAAGCAGACUAAUGUAGCCGCUUGGCUAACCAUUCUCCAUUGGUUAUGGGGUUACACAGCAAGGAAUGGGUUAAUGAGGACCUCGCUCUCCAUAUACAUGUAUCGUUCUCAUCGAUCAGGGUUAACGCGCUGCUUGUCCAAAAUGGUAUUGACUGGAUUAGUAGUCACCUUCCUUGUCAUCGGGUCUGUCUUGGGAGACGACCCUGAAUGUACAGGUACUGUUGCCUCUAACGGACAACACGGUCACUGCGCCACCGUGUCCUCCUGUCCCUACAGCUACUUCGUCUCCGGCCUCUGUCCCUCCUACGGCUUCGACAUCAAAUGUUGUUACAACUGCCAUCUGGGAGGAUGCCAGACGGGCUCAAAUAUCGGAACGGGGACAACUACAGGGACUGGGACCGGGACAGACCCUGGGACAGGGACAAGUACGGGGACCGGAACAGCAACGCAAACGGGACCAUCGCCAUAUGCUGACGUCCGCGCGACCUGGCUGAGUCGGUACGACCACGCCACCUCCCAUGCGGAGACCGCAGCCAACUUUGCCACACUUAAGGCAAAGGGGAUCAACCGUGUCUACCUCAACGUCUGGGCCAGCGGCCAGAUCUACUUCCACUCCCCGACCUUCGAGUCUCUGGGGAUCCAUGGGCUGGUGAGAGACGUCCUGGGGUGGGCUGUAGAAGAGGGACGGAAACAGGGGAUCGAGAUUUGGGCGUGGUUCGAGUACGGUCUCAAGGCAUGUUGGGGUUCCAGCCCAACUGUUACAGUCUUCUCAAAUAAGGUGAACAGUCUGGGAUGGAUAAAGGGACAGGCUGGAGAAUAUUGGUGGAUGGAUGCAGGAAACACACAGGUCCUGGACUUCCUUGCCGGCAUGAUGCAGGACGCCUUCAACAACUACCCAGGGUUGGCUGGUGUUCAGCUGGACGAUCAUUUUGUUCAACCCUGGCAGCUUGGAACUGACCUGGUGGCGACGAUGACAAACGCCGCAAGGCACAUACUUGGUCGGGUGUCUGGCAGGGUGUCGUUGUCACCGAUAGCCCCUCCUACCCUCUCCCUCACGAAUUACAACGUGGACUGGGCCUCCUGGGCGAGGGAGGACAUCGGAUUUCACGAGUACGUUCCUCAGAUUUACCGUGAAUACGCCUCAGUCUUUAACGCCGACCUUGAUCGCGUCAUAGCAGCGGUCGGUAAGACCAAGCUUGUCCCCGGGCUCCGGUGUAUCGGCACGGGUUCUCCCACGACGUACGACGCACUCGGUCAGAUGAUGAGUCGGUGUGAGGCCGAGGGUAUCGGAUACAGCGUCUGGUACUCAAGAUGCUUCACGCUGCUCUACACAGACCUCAUUCUUGGAUAGUUGAUGUGCGAGAGCAAACACAUCACAAAGUGCAUAUGGAGAGAAAGAAAACAAAUAAAGAAACAAACAAGUGAGAGAAAGAAAGUCUGCACUAUUGUAUUACUGUUAGUUAUUGUGCGUACAGAUAGCUAGAGCAUGUAUUUUAAGAAUGUCUGGGGCGUAUGUUCAGCCACACCCAGCAUAUGUAUUCGUAUUUCUCGCUUCCAGUGAAUAA